AUGGGAAUCCAGGGAAUUCAAGGCCCCGUGGGCGAAGCGGGUCAGUCCGGGCCGCCGGGAAAACGUGGAGCUGAGGGUCAUCGAGGGCUCGAGGGUCCAUCGGGCAAGCCGGGCAUUCAAGGCAGUGUCGGAUUGGAGGGGCCUAAGGGCAUGCCAGGGUCCCCGGGCAGCAUCGGCAUAAAAGGCAGCCAGGGUGACAUGGGCCCUCGAGGCAUGAAGGGACUGAAGGGCCAGCCUGGGCUUCAAGGCAAGGAUGGAGCCCGAGGAAAGUUUGGACCACCGGUAAGGUCACAAUUUCUCCAUACAAAGUUGUGA